AUGGAAAGACCUCAAGACUGUAAGGACCUGUUUGAGGUCAUACACGAGCGAGAUAACCUGGACCAACCAUUGACAGAAAAUGAAGUGCGGCGGUACUUUGCCCAGAUCCUGCGGGCCAACAUCAGCUGCGAGGAGAAUGGUGUUCUACACCGCGACAUUAAGCCAGAGAAUAUCAUAGUGGACAUGCGCACUGAUGAAGCGAAGUUGAUUGAUUUCGGUCUCGCAUCUGAGGUCCAGUCUGAGCCGUUCACGCAUUUCAGAGGCACACCUCAUUACAUGCCUCCCGAGUACAGCCAAUCAAAGAAAUACGACGGUUGUCAGGGUACGGUUUGGCAAAUGGGAAUCCUACUAGUGGACAUGUUAUCACCAGAAAUACCAGCAUUCAAACAUUCGCAUCUGGCCCUCAGAAUACCACCUACAGUGCCCCAACAUCUCUCAACAGACGCAAAGGAUCUUAUCUACUCGCUGCUGGACACAACUCCAGGCAAUCGCCCAACUCUUAAGCAAACUCUGAAACACCCAUGGCUCGUCGGAACAGACUAA